UCGUGUUCUUGCAGGAACGCAGUGUAUUUGAUUAUCUGAGCAACCAUGCUGGCUGCAAGGCUAGUGUGUCUGAGGGCAUUAUCAUGCCAAACUAUCCGCCCCACCAUUACUCAGGCUUCCCCAGCUUUGAGGAACUCCAAUAUAAAAGCAUACAGGCUGUGGCAGCCUAAUCAGUGUUAUGCCACCAGAGUGAGAACAGGUGUAAGGCGUGGAAAAAUUGGCCAGGAAAUUAAAGAAGCAGCAUUUGAGCCAUCUACAGAAACUGCACUUAAAGCUGAUCGCCUGGGGAAAUUUGUUGUUGCUGGAGGGGCUGCUGUUGGCCUGGGGGCUCUCUGUUACUAUGGAAUGGGCAUGUCCAGUGAGAUUGGAGCCAUUGAAAGAGCUGUUAUUUGGCCACAGUAUGUGAAAGACAGAAUUCGCUCUACUUACAUGUACUUCGCGGGAAGCGUUGGCUUGACGGCGCUGUCUGCUGUAGCAGUAAGCAGAUCUCCAGCACUCAUGAGCCUUAUGACAAAAGGUUCCUGGCUGGCCAUAGGUGCAACUUUUGCAGCUAUGAUUGGUGCUGGAAUGUUGGUCAGGUCCAUAUCCUAUGAAAACAGCCCAGGAGCUAAACAUUUGGCUUGGAUGAUGCAUUCAGGUGUCAUGGGUGCAGUGGUGGCUCCUCUAGCCUUCUUGGGUGGUCCUUUGCUGAUCAGAGCUGCAUGGUAUACUGCUGGAAUCGUCGGAGGGCUCUCAACUGUGGCCAUGUGUGCUCCAAGUGAAAAAUUUCUGAACAUGGGAGGACCGCUUGGAAUAGGCUUAGGCUUUGUUCUUGCCUCUUCAAUUGGAUCCAUGUUUUUGCCUCCAACUUCUGCUCUUGGUGCUGGCUUGUAUUCGGUAGCUGUUUAUGGUGGAUUGGUACUCUUUGGCAUGUUCCUGCUUUAUGAUACGCAACAUGUUAUCAAGCGUGCAGAAACUAUUCCAUAUUAUGGAGUAACAAAAUAUGAUCCAAUCAAUGCGUGCAUGGGUAUCUACACAGAUACACUGAACAUCUUCAUUCGGGUAGCCACCAUGCUUGCGGGUGGUGGAGGUGGCAGGAGGAAGUAAACAGAGACUUCUCUUUGCAGCUGUCUGACAGCCUACCUAGUGCACGUACUAAAUAAACAUUCAUGGUUACAAGCAGUUUUGCUGCAAGCAUUUCAGCAUAUUGUUUCAGUGCAAUGUGAUUCAGACUCAACAGUUUUUCUUCAGACACUUUCCAGCUCUGUGUUUAGUGUGAGCUGCUUCUAAUUGUACAUUAUUUUGGGAAAGUAAAUUAUUUUUAAUAUGAG